AUGGCGCUCGCUUCCAUCGCCACGGCCACCAGCACCAGCAGCACCAGCAGCACCAGCAGCACGAGCCCCAGCCCCUCGGCGCAGAGCGGGACGACGCCGGCGCCAGCCACCGCAGCGGCGUCGGGGGCGUCGAUGCCGCGCCGCCAGCGCCCCGUGGACCACCGCAGCACCACCCUCAAGCCGCACGCGCAGAGUGGGGUGAAGAUUCCAACGUCGAGUCUAACGAAGCCCACCAAAUACCACUACUACCCGCACAACCAGCACAUCUACCUGCUGCCCGAGUGCGCGGUGCAACAGGUGUGCAACGCAGUGUACGUGCGGCUCAACUUCACGCAGCCGUUGUGCGCGUGUCCGUCGCGCUACAGGGACCCCUGCUCCGCGUCGCUCAACUCCGACGACCUGCACACCACGGAGCUCGUCACGGACCGCGGCGGCAAGGCGCUGACGCUGGUGAAGACGUGCGAGCCGGUGGCGGACAUGCGCGUGUGCAGGGCGCCGCGCGACUGGGCGCUGCUGGCGCUGCAGAACAUCCGCACGGGCAAGUCGCACUACCUCGUCAUCUGCCGCUGCCCCGACGACAGCAUACUCGAGGGCCCCACGCCGCACGACCAGCCAACGUACGCCAGCGUGCCCGGCAUCCGGAUCCGCGACCGGCGUUCCCCUGGGCGCGAGUACACGCGGCGGCCAAGGCCGUGCAGUGGGACGACUGAUCCCACGUGCCGGGGCGCGGGCGGGACGAGGCGCGACGGCGGCGCACUCUUCAGGAAGCGGGGGCGGUCUGCAGCCGACAGUCAGACGGACGUAGUGAGCGGUCCAGAGAAGAGAGGACGAGGACGAGGACGAGGACGCGCCGGGCGGACCGCCCCCGCCCCCGCCCCCGCCGCCUGCUCGCCUGCCGGCCGAGAGAUCCUCAUUCCGGAAGACAGAGGCGCGCGCGAAGAGACGACAGCGGGCGGCAGCUGCGUCCCAGGCUCAGCGUCUGACGCGCUCUCGCGCAACGGCACCACUGCCACGGCCUCGACGCGCGCACUGACGCCUGUGUCGUUUCAGUCAAAUGACAUCACGUUUAUUUCCUAA